CCUGCCCGGCCCGGCCCGGCCGCCCCGCCGCGCCGCCGCUCCGCGGCCCCGGCCGGAGGAGACAGAUCAGCCAGCCCCUCGAUGGGGAGCGACGGCGGCCUACCUGUGUGUGUCACCUGCCCACCUCUCUGUAGCAAGGAAAGGAGCUUCAGCACUUCUUCAGUAAUGAUGAUGAAACUGGUAUUAACUGAAUGGCAUUUAUGGAUUUUUAACUCUAAUUCACAGUAAACCAGCAAGCCAUAUGUUUAAUCCAACCAAAAAUCGUUCUGUUCUGCUGCGUGUCUCAUCCGAUUGUGAGAAGUUUCGAGAUAACCUGUUUGUACAAAGAGGAAUAUAAGUAUUAUUACUUGCUGGAGGAACACACUGAAGCAGAAAGAGAAGACGUCUUAAUUUAUCCUUAAAGAUAUAUGAUAGAAUUAUUUAUAUAGAUAGAGUAAAUAUAUAUAUAUAUAUUUUUGGUGGUAAUGAAAAUGGCUCCGCAGAAUGCCGACUCAGAAUCCCUGCAAGUUCAGGAGUUGCCGGUGCCCCUGCCGGACCUGCAGAAGCCGGGGAGCGCGGAGGCGGAGACGCACGACGAGACCGUCAGCGAGGGGUCCAUAGACCGCAUCCCCGUGCGCCUGUGGGUGAUGCACGGGGCUGUGAUGUUUGGCAGGGAGUUCUGUUACGCCUUGGAGACGGCGCUGGUCACGCCGAUCCUGCUGCAGAUCGGCCUUCCGGAGCAGUACUACAGCCUCACCUGGUUCCUGAGCCCCAUCCUUGGCCUCAUCUUCACCCCCCUCAUCGGCUCCGCGAGUGACCGGUGCACCCUAAGCUGGGGCCGCCGGCGGCCUUUCAUCCUCGUGCUGUGCGUGGGCGUGCUCUUUGGAGUGGCACUUUUCCUUAACGGCUCUGCCAUCGGUCUGUCCCUCGGCGAUGUCCCCACCCGGCAGCCCAUUGGCAUCGUCCUCACGGUGCUGGGGGUGGUGGUCCUGGACUUCAGCGCUGACGCCACCGAGGGGCCCAUCCGCGCCUACCUGCUGGACGUGGUGGACAGCGAGGAGCAGGACAUGGCCCUCAACAUCCACGCCUUCUCUGCCGGCCUCGGCGGGGCCAUCGGCUACGUGCUGGGGGGGCUGGACUGGACCCAGACCUUCUUGGGCGCCUGGUUCCGGACGCAGAACGAGGUGCUCUUCUUCUUCGCGGCCAUCGUGUUCUCGGUGUCGGUGGCCCUGCACCUGUUCAGCAUCGACGAGGAGCACUACAGCCCCCAGCAGGAGCGCGGCGUGGACGCGGCCGACGCACCGGCCCCCGGCCCCCGCGCCAGCGUGCUGGACGGCGGCGCCCUGUUCCCGGACGAGGUGCAGUCGGAGCACGAGCUGGCCCUGGACUUCCUGGACGCGGGCAUCGUGCGGAGCAAGAGCGACUCGGUGCUGCACGUGCCGGACGCCACGCUGGGCCUGGAGCCCGAGCUGCUCUUCCUGCACGACAUCGAGCCCUCCAUCUUCCACGACGCCUCCUACCCCGGCACCCCCUGCAGCAUGAGCCAGGAGCUCGUCCGGGCCCGGCCGCCCCGCCUGCCCCCGCUGCUCUGCGAGCCCGCCGGCGAGGACGAGACCCUGCUGGAGAACCACCUGAGCACAGCCGGGCUCCCCAACGGAGGGGGCUCCCCGCCCCGCGGCGGCCUGGGCGGCUGCAGCCGGGUGGACGUGAAGCCCUCGGCCACGGCGGGCUCCGGGCGGCGGCGCCGGCACAUGUUCCGCCGGCAGGCCUCCAGCACCUUCUCCUACUACGGCAAGACCGGGUCCCACCGCUACCGCUACCGGCGCGCCAACGCCGUGGUCCUGAUCAAGCCCUCGCGCAGCAUGAGCGACCUGUAUGACCUGCAGAAGCGGCAGCGGCAGCGCUGCCGCCGCCGCAACCAGAGCGGGGCCACCACGUCCAGCGGGGACACAGAGAGCGAGGAGGGCGAGGGCGAGACCACCGUGCGGCUGCUCUGGCUGUCCAUGCUGAAGAUGCCCCAGGAGCUGGUGCGGCUCUGCCUCUGCCACCUGCUCACCUGGUUCUCCGUCAUCGCCGAGGCCGUGUUCUACACCGACUUCAUGGGCCAGGUCAUCUUCGAGGGGGACCCCAAGGCUCCAUCCAACUCGACCGCAUGGCAAGCCUACAACGCGGGCGUGAAGAUGGGCUGCUGGGGCCUGGUCAUCUACGCGGCCACCGGUGCGACUUGCUCAGCCCUGCUACAGAAGUACUUGGACAACUACGACCUGAGCAUCAGGGUGAUCUACGUGCUGGGGACGCUGGGCUUCUCCGUCGGCACAGCUGUGAUGGCCAUGUUCGCCAACGUCUACGUGGCCAUGAUCAUGAUCAGCACCAUGGGCAUUGUCUCCAUGAGCAUCUCCUACUGCCCCUACGCCCUGCUCGGGCAGUACCACGACAUCAAGGAGUACGUUCACCACAGCCCCGGGAACUCCAAGCGUGGCUUUGGCAUAGACUGUGCCAUCCUCUCCUGCCAGGUCUAUAUCUCCCAGAUCCUGGUGGCCUCCGCCCUGGGCAGCGUGGUCGAUGCGGUCGGGACUGUGCGCGUCAUCCCUAUGGUGGCCUCUGUGGGCUCUUUCCUGGGCUUCCUGACGGCCACCUUCCUGGUCAUCUACCCAGAGGGGUCUGAAGAGGCCAAGGAAGAGCAGAAGGGCCUGUCCUCCCAGGCUCUGGGCGAAGGCGGGAGCGGCAGCAUCGAGAAGCCCACGGUCCUGAAGCUGUCCCGGAAGGAGGGCCCGCAGGGGCUCGCGGAGACCGAGUCGAUGGUCUGAGCCGCGCCCCGUGCACACACAUUCCAGGGCCCGCAGGGAGGCGGGGAGGGGCGGGGGACACCGCCCCUGCAGGCUGGCUGCUGUGGCCUUAGCGGCAGCGCAAACCAGAGUGGAGGCUCGGUAGUUGUAGGGUGGCUUGGCGCCACUAGGCAAAAAUACCACAUUAAUUACUUUUUCCACAAUUAAAAAGAAUCAUUUGAAAUCUUUUUUUUUUUUUUAAUCGAAAAAGAUCUUUUAAUUUCAACUUUGUCUUUUACUCUGCAGGUAUAUUAUUCUGCAUGUUUUAAAAGUAUAAACCAGAUUUACAACAUAGACCAUAAGUGAUUUAGAAAAAAAUAAGAUUUUUGCAUUUCUAAAGUUAUAAUUGAAAACAAAAAAUAUCUGAUGUAUUUUGCUAUAUCGUAUCUGAAUUCUUCAGAUAGCAGUCAUGUAGUCAGUGACUAAAACAUUUUUAUCAAAUUUUUUUCCCUGUGGAUG